AUGCCUUCUAUCGCGAAUAAGUCGGUUCUUGUGAUAGGCGGUUCGUCCGGUAUCGGCUACGCGGUUGCAGAAAAGUGUCUCGCAGAGGGCGCAAAAGUCCACAUCGCGUCGUCGUCCCCCUCGCGCGUCAAUGCAAGCGCUUCCUCUUUGAAACAAAAAUUCCCUAAAGGGGAAAUUUCUGGUCAUGUUUGUGAUCUUGCUGAUCGCAACGUGGAGCAGAACCUUGAAAAUCUCCUAGGAACUAUGAAGCCCCUUGAUCAUAUUGUGUUCACCGCUGGUGAUGCACUUGCCAUCAAACCUCUGGAAUCGAUUGACCUCGACGCCAUUCAACGAGCUGGACACCUUCGUUUCGCUGUUCCUCUUCUGGUUGCCAAGCUUGCGCCCCGUUUCUUGAACCCUGGCUUCCAAUCUUCUUAUACUUUGACUACUGGUGUCGGUUCACAAAAACCGUUCCCUAACUGGUCUAUGAUCUCUGGUUAUUUGUCGGGACUCCACGGAAUGACUCGUAACUUGGCUCUUGAUCUUAAGCCGCUACGAGUGAAUUUGGUGAGCCCUGGUGUAGUUGAUACACCUCUCUGGGGCUCCGACGGUGUUCCAAAAGAAAUGAGUGGAUAUACAACUUUGGGAAAGGUUGGCACGCCUGAGGAAGUUGCAGAAGCAUAUUUAUACCUUAUGAAAGACACAAAUGCCACUGGUAGCUGCAUUAGCACCAAUGGAGGGUCACUUUUGCUGUAA